ACAAAACCAGGGAGGUCACACUGAGCUCACAUUUCCUGCCCAUGCUCUUACACAAGUCAAAGAGGUUCCUAAAAGCCUGAUUCAAGUCUCCAGCAGGAUGGAAACCAGAGAAGAAGCUCCUCCGCCUGGAAUUGCCUGGAAUGAGUAUUUAAGCAAUUUUAGGCACGGGACCGCUACAGGCAGCCACUUGUCAAACGCAACUUCAAAGGUGGCAACAACAACCACUGCCACCUUGCUGGAUGCUGCCAAUUCAAGUGACUACCAGUACGAGUACUUGGAUGAGGAGGAUUACAUGCAGUAUAGCCUCUGCACAAAAGAAGAGCUGCUCUCCUUUAGCAGAGUAUUCUUGCCAUCUUUUUACACCGUGGUCUUUCUGGUUGGGUUGGUUGGGAAUGUCUUCCUGUUUAUUGUCCUCAUUAUGUACAUCAGGAAGAAAAAGAAGAUGACCGAGUUGUAUCUGCUGAACCUGGUGGUUUCAGACCUCUUCUUCCUACUAACCCUUCCUUUUUGGGCUCUGUACAUUUCUCAGUGGGUGACCUGGGACAUAUUGUGCCCGGUCUUAAAUGCCAUGUACACUCUGAAUUUCUACAGUGGUAUUUUUUUUGUGAGCUGCAUGAGUCUGGACAUGUAUCUGCAGAUAGUUCACGCUUGCUCUCCUCACGGCUCCGUGACACGGAGGAAUUCCAUCCUCGUCUUGUUGGUAGUAUGGGUCUUUUCCAUACUCCUCUCCAUUCCUGAUGGCCUCUUCACCAGCACAAGGCAAAUCCACAACAAAACCAUCAUGUGUGCCCAUGAUUAUGGCCAGAAACACUUAUUUUGGAAAGUCGUCUUUCGGGUUAUUCAAAACAUCCUGGGCUUCCUUUUUCCCUUCCUCUUCAUGGUGUUUUGCUAUUCCCGCAUAGCGUGUGUCCUCACCAUGUCUCAGUUGCCUGGUUCAAGGAGAGCACUCUGCUUCGUCUUUACUCUGGUGGGUGUCUUCUUUGUCCUGUGGUCCCCUUACAACAUCGUCCUCAUCCUUCACUCCCUGCAAGAUGUCGGUGUAAUCAGGAGCUGUGAAAGCAGUAGGCAAUUGGACUAUGCCAUGCAGAUCACAGAGAGUUUGUCCUUUGUCCACUGCUGUCUCAACCCCUUGCUCUAUGCUUUUGUGAAAAAACAAUUCAGGUUAUAUUUAUGGAAGAUCCCUCAAGCCAUUUUCAGGAGAAAUGCUUUCUUUGACCUCCAGCCCUCAGAGACAAGCCAGUCUUGCAGCAGAUACGCAGCUGAGAUAGAAAUGUUGAGUAUCACAAAUGCAUGAUAAAUAUUUACAUUAUUUACGUUACGUGUAUGCCCUCUGUGCUGUAUUUUACUGGUCCUGGCCAUGCGAUGGAGUUGGUGUGAGCCCACAGCCCUGCGUAACCAGGUAUUUCAUCCUGGUGUCAGCAUCGAGAUGAGGAUUUUCCACGUUGGGAUUGGAAAAGUACACGUGGGAUUUGUGUGAGAGACUGAAAGAGUUAAUGUCUCAAACACUGUGGUGGGGCAAGUUCUGCAUAACAAACCCUGCAUAACAAGGAACCGCAGGUGAAAAGAAGCAGAUCAGCACAGAUCAGCAGGCAAGGGUGCCCAGCUCCCUGUUCUGAUAAACUGUUCUGAUACGCUGAGCAGGACAGCUCACCAUGCAUGGCCAAAGAUGAAACAGUGGUCAUGUCUGCAGGGAAGGAGAAGUUACUCCCCAAGUGACCCCCACACCCACCGACCCAUUUCCCCAAAGGUUCUGGAAGCACAAACUGCACAUGACACCUAAUUAGCCUAAUGAGUUCGAGUGCCCUCCCGAAGGAGGGGCAAGGAUGAAAAAAGGACACAAACUGAAGCCCCACAUGCACAAGCCCACCAGAACAGGACCCUUAGGCUUGCUGGACCCAGGACUGGUGAAAUCUUUCUCUUUUUUCUCUCUCUCUCUCUCUUUUUUUUCCCUGUAAUCCCCACACCUCAUCCCUUUAGAUGUGAACCAUUGACCAAGUCUGGGACUAGGAGUGGAUCCUUCUCAGGAAGGAGUCUAGAAAGCAAGGGGGUCUGCUCUGAACCUCGUGACUCAGCAGGAAGGCUCUCCUUAUUUUCUUCCCUGAACUGAUCCCCAAAUAAGUAAGGCUUUGUCCCGGUUUCGGCUGGGAUAGAGUUGAUUGUCUUCCUAGUAGCUGGUGCAGUUAUGUUUUGAGUUUGCUAUGAGAAGAAUGUUGAUAACACACUGAUGUUUUCAGUUGUUGCUAAGUCGUGUUUAGUCUAAAGUCAAGGAUUUUUCAGCUUCUCAUGCCCAGCCAGCGAGAAAGCUGGAGGGGCACAAGAAGUUGGCACAGGACACAGCCAGGGCAGCUGACCCAAACUGGCCAACGGGGUAUUCCAUACCAUGGGACGUCCCAUCUAGUAUAGGAACUGGGAAG